UAAAACUCGCCUUAAAAAAUCACUUUCAACGAUGUCGGAGGAAGUUACUGCAUUUGGAAAAAUAUUUACGGCACCCGAAGUUUUGACGAAUGUUCCUGAAUUCAGUGAUUCUUUAUAUGAGACUAAACCAGAACUUUAUAAGAACCUGACGCGAAUCCAUCGCCUAAAAUACUUUAAAAAGAAUGGAACAAUUUGUGGAUAUCCGUUUACGUGCACAAAAGGUCCUGGACCACCAAGUUUUGAAAAACGUAAAGUGUCAGAAUCAGAGAAAAAUGUUAUGUUUGGUUGUUGUUGUGAGAAGCGUCGAUUGGGUGAAGUUCUUGUCCAAAAUGGGAUUAGUACAGAACUUCCAGAAAAGAUUGUAUGCCAAUUGUGUUUCAAUUGGAUGAGAUUAUGCGUUCGGCGAACGCAUCAUCAUGGAACGAUUAAAGAAUACCCGGCUUAUAGAUGCAUUCAAAAAGGAUGUCAAACAUUCCGCUCAGUCAAGAAAGUGCUCGAAACGGAUUUGAAACGCGGAAAACUGUCAAUCCUUCCAGAAUUCGAAUUUCUCGAGCAAAAUGAGUCAGAAUCUACAUCGCACGAGGAAGUCAUGAAAAGUUUCGAAUAUUUCGCGCAAAGCAGCAGCUCCCGGAGUAAAAAAGACGCCAAUAAAAGCUCCAAGAAUUUGUCGUCAAAUUUUCUCGCCGCGCAUGGUAUUAAAAUCCAAUCAGAAAUGGAUAGUGAGGUCAAAAUCGAGCUGGAGGAGCAGAAGCCGGAAUCCCUGCUUUUAUAAGCUUCACAUAAUUCCAGAUAUCAUUUAUAUUCGCUUCCUUCCUGAUUCUAACUCAACUUUCUUUGUUUUUUCCUGUUAUUCACUGUAUUUGUUCACAAAUUUGUUGUUGUUGAAUUUGAAAUUACUAUUUAUAAACGUUCUUUCUCAAGU